AUGCGUCAAUACCGCCGAAACCAGCCGGUGGAGACACUGUUGGAUAUCAAGACCACAGCAAAUGCAGACAUCCUCAAAUACAGUCGCUCGAUCAAGAUUAAUGUUCGAUCCACUCACGGAGUUACCAGUCCUAGAGAAAUGAUUGACCAUUAUACUGAAGCGUCGAACAACUGUCAAUAUAGACAAAGUUAUCCACCAAUUUCAACGCACAAUGUUAAAAUCUGGUUCAAAAAUCGGCUAAAAAAGUGUAAACGUAUAAAAACUGGUGAUCUGAAUUUAAAGAUGAUGAUUUGA